AUUAAACACCCUAUAUCCCCAAAAAUUUCUCCUUCCAUACACUUUCACAUAUGAGAUGGGAAAUUGUGUGUUCAAAGGGUUUGGAGAGGCAGAGGAGAUGGUGAAGGUGGUGACUUCCAGCGGGGGAAUAAUGGAGCUCUAUGCCCCGAUCACAGCCAACGCCAUAACCACCGAGUUCCCAGGCCACGCCAUCUUCAAAUCCCGCGACCUCUUCGCCCAACCUCUCCUCCACAACGAAGAGCUUCAUCCCAAAGAGCUCUACUAUCUCCUCCCUCUCAACCCCUACAAGUCCACCCCGAAAGACCACGAAAACAUCAACGCAAACCCCAACGGCGCCGUUUCUACGCCCUACCGCAUGUCGUGCGACAGCCAAGGGUUGCUGAGGAAGAGGGCAGACCCCGAAGUGUUUCCGAGGUACAAUAGUAGCGGGGUUUGGAAGGUAAAGCUUGUAAUAAGCCCGGAGCAGCUGUCGGAGAUUUUGUCGCAGGAGGCUCGCACUGAGGCUUUGAUUGAGAGUGUGAGGACGGUGGCCAAGUGCGGCACCGGAGGGAACUCAUCGGCGCCGGGUUCGGAUCAGUGGAGUGUGUCUAGCAGUUGGAAGGAGUCGGCAUCAUGAAAAAAAGUAUGGUCAUGUAGAUAUAAUAUAUAAUUAAUGUAAUGUUGAGAUCAUAUAUUUAGAGCCCCCUUUUUUUUUCUU